AUGCCAGUAAUUGUUCAAAAUAACGUUGUUAUUGGUCCCGAAGAAGAGAAUAUACCUGCUCAUUUGUCAUAUGGCCAAUUUUUAUAUGACAAAUUUAAACAGGGUGGAGAUAGAACUGCAUUGAUAAGUGCAGAGUCGGGGGAAAGUGCAACAUAUAACUUUAUUUUGCAAAAAAGCGUCAAUCUUGCCGUAGCUCUUAAAGAAUUAGGAUUAAAUAAAGGGGAUGUUGUAGCUCUUAGUAGCGAAAACAGCUUUGAAUUUACUAUUGCAUCUCAUGCUAUUAUUUAUUGUGGAGCUAUCUUGUCAACUCUUAAUGUUACAUAUUCACCAGGAGAAUUGACUCAUAUACUACAAAUUAUCAAACCAAAGUUUAUAUUUUCAUCACCAAUCAUUGCACAAAACAUAUAUGAUUGUAGUAAAGAUUUAUCAUAUGUAAAGAAUAUUAUAUUAUUUGGAGACUAUGAUGUGGUUCCUGCUAUAUUUUUCAAUACACUAGUACAGAAACAUGUAAGCAUUGACAAUUUUGUAUUGGCUGAUGUAAAUGGUGCUGAAGAUGCUGUGGCUGUUAUGUGCUCAUCAGGCACAACUGGCUUACCAAAGGGAGUCAUGCUUACUCAUGUUAAUUUCCUCACAUUAUCUGCACAUAUGAAGUAUUACUUAACAGUGUCCCAAGAGAAAAGGAAGCAUAGUGUUAAAACUGGAUUGUCACUGAUACCAUGGUUCCAUGCAUAUGGGUUCAUCACAACAAUGGCAGUCCUGUGUAUGCAUAUUGAAGUAGUAUUCCUUAUCCGAUUUGAUGAGCAACAAUUUUUGGAAACUAUACAAAAUUAUAAGGUAAACAUGACAACUAUAGUCCCACCCUUAGCAGUUUUUCUGGCAAAACAUCCACUAGUCACCAAGUAUGAUCUCACCUCAUUGAGUGAAAUCUGGUGUGGUGCUGCACCCCUAUCAAGUGAAAUACAAAAAAUGGUUUCGCAGAGAACUGGCAUUGACUUCAUUAAACAAGGUUAUGGUCUGACAGAAGUCACUAUGGCAUGUUGUGUAGAUUUAACAAGUGGUGAAAAAAUUGGCUCUUGCGGUACACCUGCUCCAGGAAUGAAGAUCAAGGUAAUAGACAUUGACAGUGGAAAAUUGUUAACUGCUGGCGAGAAAGGGGAGUUAUGGAUUAAAUCACCUUUGCGCAUGAAGGGCUACAUGGGGGACCAGAAAGCAAGCAAUGCUUUAAUAGAUUCUGAAGGAUAUAUCAGAACAGGAGAUAUUGGUUACUUUGACAAAGAUGGAUACUUUUAUGUUGUCGAUAGACUAAAAGAGCUUAUUAAAUACAAAGGAUUUCAAGUGGCUCCAGCAGAACUCGAAGCAUUAUUACUGCAGCAUCCAAGCGUGGCGGACUGUGGUGUAGUAGGCAUGGCUGAUGAGGUAGCAGGGGAAUUACCAACGGCAUUCGUAGUCAGACAACCAAACACCACUGUAACAGCAAACGAAAUCAUUCAGUAUAUUGCUAGCAAGGUAUCACCAGCAAAACAUCUUCGUGGAGGUGUUAUUUUCCUUGAAGAAAUACCAAAAAAUGCUUCUGGAAAAAUUCUACGCCGUGAACUCAAAGCUAUGUUACCAAAUUAUCUUGGUAAAAGCAAACUA